AUGCAGCAGGCGGAUGUGACGUCACUUGCCGGCCGCCCGGUAAAAAACGAUCCGGAAGUUAAACACUCCUGUCAUAGUUUUCUUUCUUUCUGGCUAUCUAGACCGGAAAUUCUGCUGCCCUUCAGUCGAACGGCAGCAUCAAAUUUUACAUUGAAAGUUAUUUUAAGCCCCGAGGAAGAAUUGGCCGAGCCAGGACAUUGUUACACAUGGCGGUCCACUCAUUCAGAUGUCGUUUCUGUCUUAACUGACGAUGAAUGUUCUUUGCAGGCCACUGUCUCUGCAAUAUCCAAAGCUGACCACAGGGUGACCUCUAUCAUAUUUGCCAAAGAUAAACUGUCUAAUGAAGUACACCACUGUUAUGUUAUUGUGGACCUCAUCUCUUUGAUCACAAUAUCGACGACUACUCGUUUAAUAUCUCUAGAUGACACCCCAGAAAUUCUUGUGGUACAUGCCUAUGACAGUGAGGGUAAGUUCUCUCUCUUUCUCUCUCGCUUUAGUUUCUCUCUCUUUCUCUCUCGCUUUAGUUUCUCUCUCUUUCUCUCUCGCUUUAGUUUCUCUCUCUUUCUCUCUCGCUUUCGUUUCUCUCUCUUUCUCUCUCGCUUUAGUUUCUCUCUCUCUCUCUCUCUCUCUUUUCUCUCCUCCUCUCUCUCUAUUUCUCUCCUCCUCUCUCUCUCUCUAGUUUCUCUCUCUCUCUCUCUCUCUCUCUCCUCCUUUCUCUCUCUCCUCUCUCUCUCUCUAGUUUCUCUCCUCCUCUCUCUCUCUAGUUUCUCUCCUCCUCUCUCUCUCUCUCCUCCUCUUCUCUCCUCUCUCCUCUCUCUCUCUAUUUCUCUCUCCUCUCUCUCUCUCUCUCCUUCUCUCUCUCCCUCCUCUCUCUCUCUUUCGCUCCUCCUCUCUCUCUCUCUUCCUCCUCCUCUCUCUCUCUCAGCUUGGCGCUCCUCCUCUCUCUCUCUCUCUCCCUCUCUCUCUCUCUCUCUCUCCUCUCUCUCUCUCUCUCUCUCCUUGCUCUCCUCUCUCUCUCUCUCUCUCUUUUCCUCUCUCUCUCUCUCGCUCCUCUCUCUCUCUCUCUCCCUCUCUCUCUCUCGCUCUCCUCUCUCUCUCUCUCCUCUCUCUCUCUCUUUAAAUCCUCUCUCUCUCUCUCUCCCUCUCUCUCUCUCCUCCUCUCUCUCUCCUUCUCCUCUCUCUCUCUCUCCUCUCUCUCUCUCUCUCCUCCUCCUCUCUCUCUCUCUCUCCCUCCUCUCUCUCUCUCUCUCGCUCCUCCUCUCUCUCUCUCUCUCCUCUCUUCUCCUCCUCUCUCUCUCUCUCGCUUCUCCUCCUCUCUCUCUCUCUCGCUUCUCCUCCUCCUCUCUCUCGCUUCUCCUCCUCUAUAAUGUUUUUACAACUCUCAGUGGAAUGGUUUUUCAUUGGCGUUUUCUCUCCAAGGGCGAUAAACAGCUUGCAGAUGAGCAAAACCUCAAGUUUCUCAAGUUUGGAGAAUCCGACUAUCAAACGCCACCACAUAUUGUCCCCCUUGAACAACAGGGCAAGACUGGGGACACUGUUUUGGUCGAGAGUAUUAAAACAGGAAGUGCAGUUGUUGAAGCUCGGAUCAUGGAUUCGGCUUAUAAGAAUGUUGCUGCUGCUACUGUUGUGUUGACGGUAAUUGCUAAUCUGAUGAUAAACCCAACUAUUAUCCAUGUCCUGCAGUUUGGCGUUGUCACUUACAAGUUAGAACAACUGAGACAGAACACCAUCACAGCGACACCCUUAUCUUCCUCCCUCAUCGACACCCUUAUCUUCCUCCUCAGCCCUCAUCUUCCUCCCUCAGCGACACCCUUAUCUUCCUCCCUCAGCGACACCCUUAUCUUCCUCCCCUCAGCGACACCCUUAUCUUCCUCCUCAGCGACACCCUUAUCUUCCUCCCUCAUCGACACCCUUAUCUUCCUCCCUCAUCGACACCCUUAUCUUCCUCCCUCAUCGACACCCUUAUCUUCCUCCCUCAUCGACACCUUAUCUUCCUCCCUCAGCGACACCCUUAUCUUCCUCCCUCAAAGCGACACCCUUAUCUUCCCCUCCUCAGCGACACCCUUAUCUUCCUCCCUCAGCGACACCCUUAUCUUCCUCCCUCAGCGACACCCUUAUCUUCCUCCUCAGCGACACCCUUAUCUUCCUCCCUCAGCGACACCCUUAUCUUCCUCCCUCAGCGACACCCUUAUCUUCCUCCCUCAGCGACACCCUUAUCUUCCUCCCUCAGCGACACCCUUAUCUUCCUCCCUCAGCGACACCCUUAUCUUCCUCCCUCAGCGACACCCUUAUCUUCCUCCCUCAGCGACACCCUUAUCUUCCUCCCUCAGCGACACCCUUCCUCCUCUUCCUUCCCCCUCCAGCGACACCCCUAUCUUCCUCCCUCAGCGACACCCUUAUCUUCCUCCCUCAGCGACACCCUUAUCUUCCUCCCUCAGCGACACCCUUAUCUUCCUCCCUCAAACACCCUUAUCUUCCUCCCUCAGCGACACCCUUAUCUUCCUCCCUCAGCGACACCUUAUCUUCCUCCCUCAGCGACACCCUUAUCUUCCUCCCUCAGCGACACCCUUAUCUUCCUCCCUCAGCGACAAAUACACAAAACACGUAUGUAUAUUUAUUUAUAUCUAUUUCUUUUUUUUUGUUUCCCCAGAGAUUGACUUACCUUCUCCGCAAUAUUACUUGGAGGUAGUAAAUCCGAAGAUUAUGUCCUUUAAUCCAGCCACAUCAGAAGCUGAAGCCCUUCAGCUUGGAAGUACAGAGAUCAUACUUCGAGAUCGUAAUAUCCAAGACAGUGAGCAGUCAUAUCAACCAUCUGCACUUAUGCACGUCAUUCAGCCAGCUUACAUUGUCUUUGCUGUUCUGCCGUAUAAGAAGUGGGUACUGGAAACUGAUCGCGAAUAUGAUAUUUACCUUGAAAUCUAUGAUUCUGAUAACCACAAAAUUUACCCAUCAGAAUUAUUUUUUUUUCUCCUUUUCCUCUCCUUUUCCUUUUUCUUUUCUUCUCCUUUCUUCUUCUUUUUCUCUUUUUCUUCUUUUUCUCUUUUUCUUUUUUCUCUUUUCUUCUUUUCUCUUUUUCUUCUUUUUCUCUUUUUCUUCUUUUUCUCUUUUUCUUCUUUUUCUCUUUUUCUUCUUUUUCUCUUUUUCUUCUUUUUCUCUUUUUUUCUUUUUUUCUUUUUCUUUUUUUCUUUUUUUCUUCUUUUUCUCUUUUCUUCUUUUUCUCUUUCUCUCUCUUUUUUCUUUUCUUCUUUUUUCUCUUUUCUUCUUUUCUCCUUUUCUUCUUUUUCUCCUUUUCUUCUUUUUCUCCUUUUUCUUCUCUUUUUCUCCUUUUUCUUCUCUUUUUCUUCUCUUUUUCUUUUUUUCUUCUCUUCUUUUUCUUCUCUUUUUCUUUUCUCUUCUUCUUCUCUUCUCUUCUUCUCUUCUCUUCUUCUUCUCUUCUCUUCUUCUUCUCUUCUCUUCUUCUUCUCUUCUCUUCUUCUUCUCUUUCUCUUCUUCUCUUUUCUCUUCUUCUUCUCUUUCUCUUCUCUUUCUCUUCUCUUUUUCUUCUCUUUCUCUUCUCUUUCUCUUCUCUUUCUCUUUCUCUUCUCUUUCUCUUCUCUUCUCUUUUCUUUUUCUUCUCUUUCUCUUCUCUUUUCUUUUUCUUCUCUUCUCUUUCUCUUCUCUUUUCUUUUUCUUCUCUUCUCUUUUUCUUUUCUUUUUUUCUCUUUUUCUUUUCUCUUCUCUUUUCUCUUUUUCUUUUUCUUCUCUUUUUCUUUUUCUUCUCUUUUUCUUUUUCUUCUCUUUUUCUUUUUCUUCUCUUCUCUUUAUAGGGAGAAUCUGCUGAUUGAAGCUUUAUUCCCAGAAAAGUAUUUUCGAAUUCUUCAUCACACGAAAAAUGGUUCUUAUUUCCAUGUCAGUCCACUGCAGAAAGGCGUGACCAAAAUUGAGGGAGUACUGAAAGGUUUGCUUGUCAAGGAUGAGGAACGAUUACUUGAAAGAUCAUUGAGAACGGAACAGACAGUUGAAAUCUACGACAAAAUUGUUGUCAAUCCUCCUUCCCUGUUGUUUCCAUGGGACCCAAAUACUAAGCUGGCAUACAGUUACAAAUUGACGGCCACAGGUGGCAGCGGAGAAUAUUCCUGGUACUCCCAGAACCUGAGUAUUGUAAAUGUGAACAACAAAGGUUUGACCAGUCCCCUUGGUCCUGGCAUUGGUACUGUGAUGGCCAGUGAUGUGAAGAAUCAUAAACACACGGGCAGUGCAAAGAUAGUAGUUCUUCCACCCACCAGGAUGGAGUUGCUUCCUGCUCGGGUUGAGGCUGAAGUGAACACUAUAUUGCAUCUUCCUGUAGCUAUGUUUGUAGAGCUGGAUGGAAGGGAAGCUGCAUUUGCUGACUGCCGACAUUUAAAGUUUGAUGUUCUUUUCUCCGAUCGAACAAUCUUCAACCUUACUUCAAGUAAUACCAAGGACAGUGAAUUAGUGAAAGGUGCAUGCAGUUCGCUGAAGAUUUUUGCUCGGCAGCCAGGAUGUACCAAAGUGACAGUAAGCUACCAAGUGUAUCACACUCGACUUGAUGCUUCUGUCACAGUCGCUGCUUAUAGACCACUUGUGGCUCAGAGUCCAGAAAGUGUUGUUGCUUUGGGAUCAUCCCGAGACCUUCUCUUUGAAGGUGGCCCUCAACCGUGGCAAAUGGACCCAUCUGGGUACUUUGAGACAUGUCAGUCUGUUUUGUUUUUUUUGUUUUCUUAUUAUUCUUCUUCUUAUUAUUCUUCUUCUUAUUAUUCUUCUUCUUAUUAUUCUUCUUCUUAUUAUUCUUCUUCUUAUUAUUCUUCUUCUUAUUAUUCUUCUUCUUAUUAUUCUUCUUCUUAUUAUUCUUCUUCUUAUUAUUCUUCUUCUUAUUAUUCUUCUUCUUAUUCUUCUUCUUCUUAUUAUUCUUCUUCUAAUUAUUCUUCUUCUUAUUAUUCUUCUUCUUAUUAUUCUUCUUCUUAUUAUUCUUCUUCUUAUUAUUCUUCUUCUUAUUAUUCUUCUUCUUCUUAUUCUUCUUAUUCUUCUUAUUCUUCUUCUUCUUAUUAUUCUUCUUCUUAUUAUUCUUCUUCUUCUUAUUCUUCUUAUUAUUCUUCUUCUUAUUCUUCUUCUUCUUAUUCUUCUUAUUCUUAUUCUUCUUAUUCUUAUUCUUCUUAUUCUUAUUCUUCUUAUUCUUCUUCUUCUUCUUAUUCUUAUUCUUCUUCUUAUUAUUCUUAUUAUUCUUCUUAUUAUUCUUAUUAUUUUUCUUCUUAUUAUUAUUAUUAUUCUUCUUCUUCAUAA